AGCACCCCGGGGCGCAGCGGACCAAUUGUGUGAAUCUGCAGGGCUGCUCGGCGACACAAUCGAAACAUGCACAGGACGGACAACAGCCGCGGACGCGCUCUGAGAAGUGGAUAAUAAAGGCACAAAAGCAAGGCUUCUGCCGAGGAACACAGCUGAGUACCAAAGAGACAAGAGAGCAGAGUGCUGAUGCACAAGUGAGAAUAAAACCACACUUUAAGCUCCUGAUGCUUUUGCAAACUCGUUUUCUGGGAGUUUGAGGGAGUUUGAAGACAGUACUUAACGUUAUCAGAUAAUUAAUUAGACACCCCAUAAGCCCGGAAAUCAAUUAAUUCACAAAUCAAUAAAUCCAUAGUCUGGUGCAACAAGAGACCUUCCAGACUGUUAGCCUGGCUGUUGAACAACAAUAACAAGAGAAGAGCAACAACACACAGGGGCAAGAAAUACAAAUUUAUUUGCUGAAAUUAAAGAUGGAUGGGAGUCUAGGGGAAAUGUCCCUCCACAGCCACCCUGAUCUGGCUCACAGCCAGGACGGCAGGGCCAUGCUGCACUCCCGGGACCUUUCAGCUGCUUUCCCCAGGCCUUCCCUUGGGGGCCCCUCCAUGUCUCUUGAGCCCGAGCCCCGUCCACCGGGCUUCGACCACUCCAUGUCUGCACUGGGCUACAGUGGCGACUCCCCAUCCAGCUCCGGCAGCACCUACACCACCCUGACUCCCCUGCAGCCCUUUGACGACAAGUUCCAUCACCACCACCAUCACCACCCCUGCCUCCCUGUCAGCAAUGUCAUCGGCAGCUUCACCCUCAUGCGUGAGGACCGGGCACACCUCAGCACCAACUUCUACAACCCCUAUGGCAAGGACCUCGCCAUGUCCCAAAGCCUGUCGCCACCCUCCACGGGUUCUGGCCUGGGCUCCUCCAUGCACGGCUAUGGGAGCUUGGGCAACAGCCCCAAUGGCAAUGGUGGUCAGAUGCUCCACGGUGGCUACGAUGUCCAUGGGGGGAGCCUCUUCUGCCGGACAUCAGAUUUUGGCCGUGAGAUGUCACCACCAGGCCUAGGAGGAGGGGAUGUGUCGGUGGGGCAUCAGCUGAACAAAAUGGAGGCUCACCAGCACGCCCCCAGCCAUCACCAUCACAUCUACAGCCAACACUACCAGCCCCACCAUCACCCGAGCCAGCAGGCCUCCAAGAUGGGCGAGCACCUGCACUCCUCAUCGUCCGCCUCAUCCUCGCCCGGUGAGGGCAUGCUGCCAGGCAGCGGAGGCGGCGCCGGGGAGGAGAUCAACACCAGGGAUGUGGCCCAGAGGAUCAUCACAGAGCUGAAGAGGUACAGCAUCCCCCAGGCCAUCUUCGCUGAGAGGGUUCUGUGUAGGUCACAGGGCACGCUGUCUGACCUUCUGAGGAACCCCAAGCCCUGGGGCAAGCUCAAGUCUGGCCGCGAGACCUUUAAGAGGAUGUCCCGCUGGCUCCAGGAGCCAGAGUUUCAAAGAAUGGCCUCGCUCCGGCUGGAGGCUUGCAAGCGGAAGGAGCAGGAGCAGAGCAAGCUUGAGCGUAACCAGGGCCCAAAGCGCACCAGGCUGGUGUUCACGGACCUGCAGCGGCGCACGCUCCUGGCCAUCUUCAGGGAGAACCACCGCCCGACCAAAGAGCUGCAGAUCACCAUAUCCCAGCAGCUGGGCCUGGAGCUCUCCACUGUCAGUAACUUCUUCAUGAAUGCCCGCCGACGCAACGUCAACAAGUGGGCAGAUGAGGGCCGUCCCUCCUCCACGGGUUCCUCAGGCUCCAGCGUUUCCUCCUCUGCAGUGUCCUGCAGCACCGCAUGAUGACGGACCGCCAAGGAGGUGUGGUGGGAAGGGCACUGAGGGAGCAAGGGGGCACACAGACUGGUCUAGGCAGAGAUCGGCCGUAAUAAAUGUCCUCCUCGUUAUCAGAAGGAACGAUGGAGCCAGCUAUUAUAGAUGAUUUAAUGAAGAUGAAGCAUUUUCCCAAACCAAAGUUGACCGCUCCCUUGAAGUAGAAGGGGGCGAUACCCAGAGUGAUAUGAUCGCAGGAUGUGAGGUCCGGCUUGUAUAGUCAAGGGUGCAAAGAUAUUUUGACUCAAAGAAGAGUCACACCCUUACAUAGACACCAUUUCAUUGCUUUAUUUUGAUUAUCUAGAUUAGAGAUAAUGAGGGUAUUACAAAUCAGGAGAAAGCAUAUUUUGGUGUACCUUCAAAUUUAUAGUCAUCUCUCCAAAUGUGAAAAAUCAAGAGGUGCCGUUUGCUCACAUCUGGAGAGCUCCAUUGUGUAACUUCUUAAUCAAGUGUUCACCAUCAUCCAAAGACGUUAAUCCUCCCCCAGUGUUCUCAUAGUCCUGUUUUUCCUCAAGAAUCAAGGUGAAAGAGGAAGAAAAGGCAUUUUUUAACUUCUCAUUUUUUUCUGAAGAACCAAAUUUCCUUUCUGAGCAUGUGUUUCCAUGGUGAUGGUUCCCAGGACUGUAUGGCGUUGCUCCAAGUUUGGAGCCUGGAAUUAUCAGGAGGUUUUUGUAGCGUCCUCGACUCCCAGCUGUCAAUCAUUUACCAUCAACAGGAGCCUUUCCUAUGUUUUGUGAAGAUGGUCCCGCCUUGAGUGAAUCAGAGUUUUCAAGGGGGAACCACAGUGCAUCUCACCAUACGCCAGGACAGAAUCAAUAAAUACAAGUACGACGCAGAAACAGACUUGUUGGUACAACUGUCUAGCUUUAAGACUCUCACCGACUUUCCAAAUGAAAGCUCCACAGCCAUUUUUGACUCAAAAUCAAGCCAAAAAAAAUUAAAAAAUUAAAAACAAACCUUUGAACAAAGGCUCUAUGGGGAAGAGAUACACCUGACACAAUGUAUAGUGACAUUGUAGUAUUUUUUUCCACUCAUUACCAAACAACUGUACACACCUCUACUCCAUUACGAAAUCUUUUUUUUACAGAUGUCUAGAAAAUGGAGGAAUGUGAUUCUUUCAGCCCUUUUUGUACAGAUUUCAAGCACAUCGCUCUAUUUAUAGAAACACGUUGGAAGUGCGGGGCAGUUUGUUUCAGCCCUGCUGACGUACAAGGUCAUUUUUUUGGUCCACAAAGGAAAGGCUUUAACAUGCCUCCUUAUAGCCAAUAGUUAAAUCAGACUAAGAACGUUUCAAAUGCAAUUGCUGAUCUGAUCAAUGUAUUUAUUACUGCAUUUGUGUAUUUAUUGUUUUCCCUUUUUCUUUCCUCUCUCUAUUUAUUUGGUUAUUUAUUUAUGCUAUCUAUAUACUGUAAGUAUUUAUUUAACAAUGCUCUGUAUGUCUGUGUGAAACUGAAGACUUUUUCUGAUGGGCACUUUUAGCUGUAGAAUCCCAUCGUAAUACCAAAGAUAAACAUUGCCUCCCUGAAUGUACGGCCUGAAUCCCUAGACCCAGUACCCUAUCCCAACCCGACCCACCCAGUGAUGUUACGUAUCUCUCUCUAUCUUUAAGGCCUGGCCUUUGUUUUUGUUUUUUGUAGAAUAAUGGGGAUUUCUUUACUCUUGCAAAUGUCUCUGCGGUCAGCUCUUAAUGCCAAGGCCAAAUCUUGUUUGAGUGUUGUGAUAAUAUUUAAAAUUAAUAAUACUAUGAAUAGUAACACUACUGAUAACAAUAAUGAUAAUGAUAAUGACGAUUAUGAUGUGGCAUCCGGGCAUCCCAUAGGUUCACAGGUUGCUUGUGAAGUUGCGUUCAGGCCAAUGCCAUCUGGCAGAGUGUGUAAAGUGUCCCGGGACCCACUUCAAGCGUCGUCUGAAGGAACCAUUGAGUGCUAGUCCUUCAGGGUCACAUGCAAACAUGUGUGUUGUGUGUCUGCCUGGGGAAAUGCAUGGUUGUGACCCCCCCAACCCUCCCAUCUCCCUCACCUGCCCAACUCCCAAAUGCAGUGCAGACACUCCUAUUUAUGUCCUCUCUCUGUCCUCCACAUGCCAAGCAUUUCUGCCAGUUGUCUCAGUUCCAAGUGGAUUCCUGGUCUUCUGGAGUUGUGAAGGUGUGUUUCUCAUCUUCUGGGGAUCUUGGGUUUAUGUACCCGGGUUUCUGAAGGUCUUAGGGAUUGUUCCGGCCUUUUAGGGUCUUCUGUCUGGGGUUCUUUUGAUUUGAUCCUCAUAUUCUAGGAAUCUCUGAUUCGAUUGCAAGGCCUCUUGGGCUUGUAAGAGUUUGUUCCUCAUCUUGUAGGAAUCUUUGAUUUUGUUGCAAGGCUUCUGGGGCUCGUAGGGUUUGUCACUGGCCCUGUAGAGUUUGUUCCAGCUACGCUAGGAUUCUUAGGGUUCCUCCAGCAAUUUCCACAGGCAUUGAUUUGCCAGCGUUUUGCAUUGUGGAUGGCUAAAUCAGGAGAAACUCAACCAAGAUCUGAUUCUCUGACCCCUGUGUAAAUGCUGCCAAAGAGUGGCGAGACUAGCUUGGCUGUUUUCCGCCCUCCUUCUCUCUCUCUCUCUCUCUCUCUCUCUCUCUCUCUCUCUAUGGGUUUUUUUUCUCUCUCUUUCUCUGUCUUUAACGUAUGAAGGGGCGGAUUGCCAGGGCCCCCUUCACAGCGUGCACUUGAAAGACGGGCGGUCAUGAAAGAGGCCAUCGACUUUUUUGCGGACUUCAAAGGGGAGGCUUU